UGGUGGAUGCAUUAGGGAAAUUGGUCCUGGCUGCCUGAGACGGCAUACUGUACUGAAGUAAUUACAGUUGCUGGAGGAAUUCUGAGGCCAGUGUGUGUGUGUGUGUGUGUGUGUGUGUGUGUGUGUGUGUAUGCAUGCGUGUCCGGAAUAUUCUGCCGCAGAGGGUCCAUGCCCCGCCCUUCCAUCUCCCCCAGCAAAGCGGCUGCCAAUGGGAUAGGGCUGGGGUUUUAUUGAUGAGAUGGAUGAGGAGGGAGAUAGGGAUAGAGAGACAGAUGGGGCUUCUGUCCAGGCCAUGGCAGUGCUGGGGAGCCUGCGCUCAGGGAUGUCGCCAGCGUGGCCAGCUUCCACUGAUUAGCAGCCACAGGAGGCCCAGCGCCAAUGAUGAUGGUGAUGCACGCCCACAGAGGAUCUGAGCUCGGCUGAGGCAUCUCAAGAGACAUCCACCUGCAGGAUGGGACUCACCUGCUUCAAGUCCUGGAAGUACAACAGUGGAGCACAGAAAGGAGGAAACAGGGAUGUACUGGUUAGUCCUGGCUCAUAUUUCUUCCUGUCAAACAGCUGUGGUCAGGGGGAGGAAUGGUUGAAGAGCCUAAAUAAGGGCAUCUGGAUACCUUUUACAGGUGUAUUUGGUCAAAGGUUGGAGGAGACAGUCCUGUAUGAGAGGAGGUAUGGGGAUCACAUGGCUCCUUUGGUGGUGGAGCAGUGUGUUGAUUUCAUCCGAGAGCAGGGGCUCACUGAAGUGGGACUCUUCAGGCAACCCGGCCAGGCCACCCUGGUUAAAGAGCUACAGGAAGCUUUUGAUGCUGGGGAGAAACCAUCUUUUGACAGCAGCACAGAUGUCCACACAGUAGCAUCUUUGCUAAAGCUAUACCUCAGGGAGCUGCCUGAACCUUUGGUGCCAUUUUCCCGCUAUGAAGAGUUUCUUGUAUGUGGCAAAAGAAUCUCCUCAGACAGAGAAAAGGGUUUGGAAGACUUGAGGAGUCUCCUUUAUGAGCUACCUGUAGCAAACUUCAACCUCCUGAAAUACAUCUGCCAAUUCUUAAAUGAUGUGCAGUCAUACUCCAAUGUCAACAAGAUGAGUAUCCAGAACUUGGCAACUGUUUUUGGGCCAAAUAUCCUAAGGCCUAAAGCUGAGGACCCAGAAAGUAUCAUUGGAGGGGCAGCAGUUGUGCAACAUCUAAUGUCUGAACUGAUCCGUGAGCACAGCUUGCUCUUCUCCCGAGAGAACUGCAACCCUCCUGAAACAUCUUUACAAGCCACCCUCCCCAUACAAAGACACAGUAACCUUGUGGAAUGGGUGCACGAACCACCUGCCCACCUGAGGGAACCUCUGUUGAGCAAAGAUCACAUGGUCCUUCCAGAUCAGACUGUAGCCUGUCCACAUAAACACUCUCUACCGUUAAACACAAAGAGGAGAGGGUCUUUUCAAAGCCCUUGUGACAAAAACAUUACCCAUUCAUCAGAGACAGAGCAACAAUUUCAAGAGAACUCUUCACCAACCAGCUCUGCUCUGAUUUAUGACAACUACAGUCAGAACAGCCCAGCACAAGAAUCUCUCCAUACAAGACAUGUACCUACACCCUCCACCCCACUACCUGCCUGCUCUUCUUUGAGCAAAGAACUGGAAGCUGGAGUUCAAAUAUGUAUGCAGUCAAGGAGCUGGCCUGACAUGGAAGAACCCAGCUGGGGACCAGAAAAAGCGCUAGGGGAAAGUGGCGGCAGCAGUGAAGCCCAGGAUAGUACCUUAUCGGUCUAUGACAACAUAGUUACUGAGGAGCAGGGGGAGCAAUAUAUAGAAGACAGGGAGGCCAAAGGUACUGCCAGUGUGGCUGAGAGCAGCAGCUCUUGGUCCUCCUGUGAGAUCGUGCCUUUGGAUGGGGGCAGUGGGAGCGGUGGAGCUGCAAGCCCUUGCAAUGUCUCCUCAGAACAAUUCUCCUCAUUCAGAAUGGACUCUAGAGAGGAAGAGCUUCGUCCUAACUCCCCUGCCUCAUCCUCUGCUCCUACAGAUGCGCCUUUAAGCACCGGCAGCAGUGAAGUCUUUUUACCAAAUGCUCCCCAAGAGCCCCUGGGCUUUCCAGCUUCCCAUGCAAUGCAGUGCCUUGUUGCAGGGCUUCGUCAACAGAUGACCAGGCAAAAGGCAGAGUAUGAUGCAAAAAUCAACAGGCUGGAGCAGAGGAACAAGUUACUUCAGGGGGAAGUUGCAGGGCUGCACUCAACUCUGGAGCAGCAGCGGCGCUGGGUCAGUGUGGCUGAGAUCAAGAUGAGAAAUGUAGAGCGAGCCCGUGCAGACGCCGAUAGACGGAACACCACUCUGCAACAGGAAAUGGAGCAGUUCUUCGAAACAUUUGGCGAGCUUAACUCAGAGGCCCGGAAAACCAGUCGCAUUGUUCAGAGUUUUUGAAACAUUCGUGUGCUGUGCUACAAGACCAACCUUAGUAGCAUAUUAAGGUUUCAUGGUUUUAAAGCAGUGUUUUUCAACUCUGGUCAUGGAGUUACCCCCAGUAGCAUACAUUUUUGAUGUCUUUCUUAUAUGAUACCCCCAUUCCAAGUCUGGGUGUUUCUACCAACAAACGGAGUUGAAUUAGGAAGACAUAAAACAUGUUCAGUGUUACAAGUACUCCAAGUCCAGGGUUGGGAAACAGCUAUAUUAAAGUAAUAACUGCU